AUGCACUCAAAUGAAAAGAAAACUUUUGCCGGUCCAUCCGUCUCCUUGCAAGUUCCACAAGCGGCCACUCAACUCACGAAAACACAGCCGGCUAAUAAAGAAAUGAAAAUUAAACAGGUCUCCUUCUCGAAUCUGGCCGCUGAUGCUCUUGAAAGUCUUGUGAAAGUCUCAAAAAGUCUUGAAAAUCUACCGCAAAUGCCCGUCAAAUCGUCGCUUUUGUACAAGCUGAAAAAGAGUUUUGAGGUGGCGGCGAAGGUGAGGACAUCAUUGGACACUUCAAUGGCCACGAAGAAUCUCGGUGAUCGUUUUGAUGAAAUUCAAAAGUGGUUGAUU